AUGGAACGUUUAGCUGGCGAUCGUCUUCCGUAUAGCACUAGAAGUAGAAUCGUUAUCAUAAGUAGAGUUAGGGGCAUACUUAGGCAUACUAUUGAAGAGGAUAAUAUAUACAAGGUUGAGGUAUUAAAACUGGAUGAUGCUCUUCAGCUCUUCUGUUCACGUGCUUUCAAGAAUAACAGUACUCGUAGAACAAAUUAUAAGGAGUUGGCAAAAAAGGCUGUGCAUUAUGCUAGAGGUGUUCCUUUAGAGUAUGAUAGAUUGGGUAAAAAUGAGAAGGAGAUAUUUCUGGAUGUAGCAUGUUUUCAUAAAGGGUGGCCUAUGGAGUAUGUAAAACAAAGGUUAAAUGUUUGUGGAUUGUUUGGGACAACCAGAAUUAGAAUUCUCAUUGAUAUGUCUCUCGUAUCAAUUGAUUCAAAAUGGGGAAGGAAAACCAUAGAGAUGCACGAUUUGCCACAAGAAAUGGGAAGGACAAUUGUUCAGAAAGAAUGUACUAAGGAUCUCGGAAAACCGGAUAGGUUGUUCAUUGAUAAGGAUGUUUAUCGUGUAUUGAAGAGUAACAUGUGUUAG